CCGGAAACACAGACACACACACUCAGUCCGGUUCUCAACCCGGGGACGAAACAUCCGGACUCCGAUCCGCAUCCGAUCCGACCAGUUCAUCUGGGAUUAUCGAUCCGUUUAGGUCCGUGAAGGAUACUGAUUUUCCUGGAAGACUUUGUCGUUGUUUUCUUCGUCGGAUGAGCAUGUUUUUGUCGCCGCUGACAUCCAUUCAUCCGGAGUGACAGGACCCGGAUCAGGCUCCGAGUGUCCCCCGAGGACAAGCCCCACAGACCGGGGAUACGAACCAUGAUCCAGGCUGUCUACGUGGAGCCAUAAAACCCACAGGAUUUACACAGUUUACCGUCCAGAGGAUCCACAAGAGUCUGAAAGUAUCUGAGGAGGAGAUGACUGUCAAACUGGACUUUGAGGAGUGUCUGAAAGACUCCCCUAGGUUCAGAGCUGAGAUCGAAGUGGUCCAAAACGAUGUGAGCGACCUUGAGACCCGGUUAGAAAAGCUUGUAAAACAAUGCCAGGCCAUGCUGGAGGCAGGCAGGGUCUACUGCCAGACCAGCAAGAGCUUCAUCAACGGCCUCCGGGAGCUGGGUCACCACUGCUCCAGAGACAGCCUGAUGGAGGAAUGUCUGGACAAAUUUUCCAAGAGGCUGUCUGACAUCAUGGACGCCCAGGGGGAAGUGAUCGAGACCACACAGAAGUCUGUCAAAUCCAAGCUGCAGAACUUUGUGAAAGAAGACGUGCGUCGUUUCAAGGAAGUGCGCAAAGAGUUUGAGCGCAGCAGCGAAGGCCUGGAGGGGGCGCUGGCGAGGAACGCCCAGGCCCCUCGAGGGAAGCAGCACGAAGUGGAGGAGGCCAGUAACGCUUUACUCAACGCACGCAAAACCUUCAGGUCUGAGGCCCUGGAUUAUGUCCUGGAGAUUAAUGUCAUUGAGGCCAAGAGGAAGACAGACAUCCUGAUGGCAAUGCUGUCACUAAUGGAGGCCCAGGCCCAGUUCUUCCAGCAGGGACACCAGUCUCUGUCAGAACUGGACGAGUAUCGACGAAAGCUGAGCGACGAGCACACUCAGCUGGUCCUGAACUCAGCCCGAGAGAAGAGGGACAUGGAGCAAAGACACGCUGCCAUCAAGAAAAAGGACAUGUCCUAUGACGACUCCAUCAUGGACUUUAAUGCAGACGCUGCUAAUGGAAUUGCUAUGGAGGGUUACCUCUACAAGAGAGCAAGCAACGCCUUCAAGACCUGGAGCAGACGCUGGUUUUCUAUUCAGAAAAAUCAGCUAGUGUAUCAGAAGAAGUUCAAGGACCAGCCCACAGUUGUGGUGGAGGACUUGCGUCUUUGCACAGUCAAGCCCAGCACAGAAAAUGAGCGGCGGUUCUGCUUUGAAGUGGUGUCUCCGUCAAAGUGCUGUUUGUUGCAGGCUGACUCAGAGCGGCAGCAGAAGGCGUGGAUCAGCGCUGUCCAAAACAGCAUCGCCUCAGCCUUCCAGGAGCGCCGAGAAGACCCACACAGCCCGAGACAACGCUGCAGCUCCGUGUCAGUCAGCAGUUUGGGAGGUAGUAGUAGUGGAGGAGGAGGAGAAGGAGGUGUGGAUCAGGAGAACAGCGGCUGCAAAGCACUGGAGGAGGUGCAGGCCAUCCCGGGGAACCGGCAGUGCUGUGACUGUGGAGAAGCCGGUCCAGACUGGGCCUCCAUCAACCUGGGCAUCACACUGUGUAUCGUGUGUUCUGGAAUACACAGGAGUCUGGGUGUCCAUUUUUCCAAAGUCCGCUCCCUUACUCUGGACUCCUGGGAACCUGAGCUCAUUAAGUUGAUGUGUGAAUUAGGAAACUCCGUAAUCAACAGGAUCUAUGAGGCCCGGAUUGAUGAGAUCACCAUCAAGAAGCCCCACCCGUCUAGUCCCAGAGGAGACAAAGAGUCGUGGAUCAAGUCCAAGUAUGUGGAGAAAAAGUUCAUCCAAAAGCUGCCGGAGACAGGGAGGAACCCCCCACUACGACGGUCCAGCGCCAGGAGGAACCGAUCCACCACGCAGACUGAACGGACGGUUCAACGGCCGCCGCUCAAACCCAAACCCAACCGGGCCACUCUGCCCCGAGUCACAGGCCUGAGCCCCAGUGACCUUGUCCAAAAGAACAACUCAGUCUUCCAUAAAGAUGUUGAGGAGGAAGAGGAGGAUCUGAGCGGCCUUCAUCCCGGGGCGCUGCUGUACCGAUCAGCGGCUCUGCAGAACUUCCCCGUCAUGGCCGACGCUUUGGCCCACGGAGCUGACGUCAACUGGAUCAACACGGCCGAGGAGUCUAGCACGCCGCUGAUACAGGCCGUCUCAGCUAAUGCACUGGCUGCUUGCGAGUUCCUUCUGCAAAACGGCGCCAACGUCAACCAAGCGGACAGUAAUGGAAGAGGACCCCUGCACCACGCCACCAUCCUGGGUCACACAGGGUUGGUUUGUCUCUUCUUGAAGCGAGGAGCCGACUACAACGCCCGAGACAAGAACCAGAAAGACCCUAUAACGAUCGCCGUGGACAACGCCAACGCCGACAUCGUCACUCUGCUGCGAAUCGCCAAAAUGAACAAGGAGAUGCGGGAGAUGGACGGAGCAUUCGGCCAAUCAGGUGAUGACACAUAUCACGACAUCUUCAGAGACUUUUCACACAUGGCUUCAAACAACCCGGAGAAGCUGAAACGCCGAAGCGCAGACCCCAAAAUGUAACGUUAAUCAGACAGAUAGACAGACAGACGGGUGUUUUCCUUGGCCUCCUGCCUCGUGUUGUGUCAUGGCUCAGCUGGUGUCGACUUCAGAAAAGGCCGAAGGCUGUAAACAGUGAAUUCUUUGUGUGAACGUGUCAAACCAGAACAAUAGGAAACAGUGAAGCAUCUUUAUGAGACCAGCGUGAGGCGUCUACACAUCCUGAUUAAAUCCAGUAAAUCUCCCUUUUUUUUUCUUUUUUUUAAAUCAGUGCAGGCUGUUUUAAUGUUCUUUUUUAGUGUUUAUUUUUACUUGUCGCUUGAGAACAAUGCUUGUAACUGCAGCAAAGAGUCAAAUGUCAAAGGUUUGAUGUUUCAUUUGGAUUCUGUUCUUUUUUAUUCUGUUGAACUGUGUGUGAGGUACGUUACAUCUUCAAGAUCAAAUAAACAGAAAAAGACCA